ACUAAAGGGGUAAGCUACGGAAAAUCUAAGCUCCGACUUAUUCCGUGUAAAGCUUUGGAAGGCGAAGGUGUAGUCCACUUGAACCUGUCUGAUCUUCCUUUUCCGAGUCAUAUUGAACUUCGCUCAGAACUCCUUAAGGCGCUGUCUCUCUUUGGUGAAGUGAAGUAUGUCGGCCUCAAAUUUGAACCUGUGCGUGGUUUUUUUAUGGGUGGUGGAUAUGUUGUUCUCCAACGUCUCAAGAACCAUAAAUUUAAGACAUUGACACUCAAUAUCUUCCUUGCUGGCUGUGAUGGGUUUUGUCACGCAACAUUUACCGCAACGCCUAUUUGGUGUAGAUACCGUCAUUCCGACCAGCACACUAAAUAUGAGUGUCAGAAAUCUAAAGAUUGUAUCCAGUGCCAUUCUUGCGAUAUAUAUGUGUCAUUUUUCUAA